AGCCGACAUCGACGGAGAGCCUACAGAAAAUACCCUACUCUUGACUCACAUCCUCCUCUCCGUCUUCUCCGUUGUCCUGCGGUCUCCCGUCUCUCUAUCUUCUAUGUUCGCAUGCAGACCAAUCACCGAAUGAAGAGCCCACAUACCAUUCGGAUCCAGCGAAAGUCCUGGUACCGCUUCCAAUGAAACAUAGACCCAAGCUCCUUAUAGUAUUUUAUUCUACGCUUUACGUUGAAGACGGUGUACCGUCAACUGGUAAGCUGUAAGUAUCACGCCCCACAGGAAUCUCGCGGACGUCCGAAGUGGAGGGAGGCAGCGAUGACGCACGGUGGCUGCUGGUGACGGAAGGAUAAUCGUUGUCCGUCUCCGACGAGUGGAAGGUUUAUAUACAGCUUGUUUCGAGUGCUUUGGAUGGUCAUCCUCGACUUGUACAUCCAAGUCUCCUCACUUCACUUGAAUCCAGAGUACUACAUACCGCCAGAACAUUAGACAGCUAGCUGUAGAAUGGAUCCGACUAACAAGCCCCAAGGAUCUUCGCCUCACUACUCGUUGUAUCAGCGAGAGAUGUUCCGAGCUGGUGGUGAGAAAGGACAACUCCCGAACUUCUCGACACACACGGACGAGCUCGUCGAGUCUACGAAGAAGACGUUGAAUAACCGCGCGUACUUCUAUGCGAACUCGAAUGCCGGAAUCGGGUGGACGGACAAGGCGAACAGGGAAGCGUUCUACAGGUGGCGCAUCAUCCCUCGUAUGCUCGUCGACACGAACACCCGAGACUUGACCACUGAACUUUUCGGACACCGUAUCCCGGCACCUAUCCUCUUUGCCCCUAUCGGCAUCAACAAGCUUUACAGCCCCCAAGGCGAACUCGUACCCGCGAAGAUCGCUGGCGAACUUGGUCUCCCCUACUGCCUCUCCACCGCCGGCUCUCAGCCCAUCGAGGCCGUCGCGGCCGCAAAUGACGCAGGUGCCUCUAUCCAGAACGAGAGCAACGCUGUCCAUCGUUAUACUGGACCGAAUGGAGGGGCCGCGAAGGGACCGAGGUUCUUCCAGCUUUACAUGGGGCACGACGACGAGAUCACGAUCAGCCUGCUCGAGAGGGCGUGGAAGAGCGGGUUCGAUGUUUGUAUGUUGACGGUGGAUACUUGGCAGCUUGGCUGGAGACCUACGGAUAUCACUAUUGCGAACUAUGUUUUCUAUUAUCCCGGUGCUGUCGGUAACGAAAUCGGUGCCAGCGAUCCUGCGUUCAUGAAGAAAUAUGGUGACGAAUUGAAGAAAGAUUCCGGCAAAUGGAUUGAUUCAUCUGUCUGGCACGGAAAGGCGCAUACGUGGGCGAAGAUGCCGUGGCUCAUCAAAGAGUGGAAGCGCAUCUCGAACGGCCGACCCUUCGUCAUCAAAGGCAUCCAAUGCGCCGAAGACGCGCUCAAAGCCCUCGAGUACGGCUGCGAGGGCAUCGUCGUUUCGAACCAUGCUGGGAGACAGGUGGAUGGGGCUGUCGGCAGUUUGGAGGUAUUGCCGGAGAUCGUGGAGGCCGUUGGUGGGAAGAUGAAAAUCAUCUUCGACUCGGGUAUACGCACCGGCUCUGAUGUUUUCAAAGCUAUCGCACUCGGCGCGGACGCGGUACAGGUCGGAAGGCUCUAUGUCUGGGGUAUGUCGCAUGAAGGAGAGACGGGGUGUAGACAUGUGAUCAAGUCUUUGCUUGCUGACCUGGACAUCACGAUGACCGUGGGCGGGUAUCAGAACCUCAUGAGAGACGUGCAUGGUAAUAAGAAGGCUCUGAGGUAUAACCCUUCGGGCUCACCUCCGGCUCCGGGCGAAUAUGCGAAGCUGUGAGCGUAGACCUUUGAAUGUCGACCGUAGACAUGUACCGUCUUUGGGGAGCUCAGUCCGUCUGAAGGUUUAGUUGCUCUAGAGUUAGAGGUAGGGUUGAUUUGCGUGACUCCGUCCUUGUUUUUUUGCUUUCUUCACAGCCUCGUUGUGUGUACAAGUAUGUUUGCUUAUCGAACCAAU